UUAUCGGUAGCCUUCUAAUUCUUAUUAAUGGUAGUGAAGUGUUACAUUUCAUCCAACUUUUAUGUUCAUCUCGUUUAAAGUAUUUACCCCGGAAGCGACAAAAGGAAAACGGUUUAAUAGAAAUGAUUUCUGCGCCUCUCAUUCUAACGUCUUUAGCUU